GAAAGCCUAGGAGGGCCGAGUCCUGCUGCCUUCUGAAGGACGCUGAUCUGAUUUCCCAAACUUCCCGAAAUGUGUGUCCGAGGUUCGAGUCAAGCAGAAGAGGGGAAGACAGCGGUGUGGGCAUCUAGGGUUUAGGGCGCGGGCCUGUGAGUGCACGUGGAGGAGGAGGGGGUCGGGGCCUCCGCCGUGUCUCGGAGCAGCUCCGGGAAGCCCUGGCACGGCUCAGGGGUGGCUCCGAGUCCAGAGUGGGGAUCUCGCCCAGGCAGGGGCACCGGCUGUGCAGCCUGCGGCAGCUCCGGAAGCAUCAGAUUUCUCAUUUCCUCGCCCCCGACACACAAGUGCGGCUUCUGGCACACCCCUGACUCCAGGUCACCCACCCUGGGCCCCAGAGAAGGGGAAGACUGAGGCCAGAGAAGGGGCUUGCCUGAAAGACUCGGACAGUGAAGAUCCCCCUUGUUAGCCUCUUUUGAGGAGAAAGAAGACGACCCUCCCUCCCUCCGCCUUCCUCCCCUCGCCGCCUUAGGCGGUGGUUCCAGGAGGAGACACAAUUCUCUUGAGACCUCUCACAGAGGCGGAGGGUGGGUCUAGCGUGAGAACUGGGGCUGGAGCAAGCUUUCUGCGAAAAGUCACGUAUUUAAGCUACAGAAGGGAAGACGUGGAGAAUCUAACUACAGGAAAAAGCAGUCGCGUGGUGAGUUGUCACUCUCCAGUGAAGGCAAGCAGAAGUCCCUCGGCGGCAGGAGAGAGAACUGGGAGCAAAUAGGACCAAAGAAUUGGCUGCUAGGGCUACUGGAAACUUCCAUUGUGAAUGCCGGCAGUGGCUCAGGACUGCUGCCUGGUCUGACCUAAUCCUCUCCUCUCGCCGGUGUGUGGACGCUGCCGGCCUGAGGCAUCCUGCAGGUGCUGAGCCCCACACCUCCCUGGCUGCCAGCACUUCGUCUGUCUGUAAGAGGCACCUCAGUAGAGAAUGGCCGUCAGCCACCUGCCAACCACAGUGCAGGAAUCUGUGACCUUCAAGGAUGUGGCUGUGCUCUUUACCCGUGAGGAGUGGGGGCACCUGAGUCCUGCCCAGAGGACCCUCUACCGGGAUGUGAUGCUGGAGAACUAUAGCCACCUGGUUUCACUGGGACUCUUAGGACCCAAACCAGACAUGUUUUCUCAGAUGGGAAAAGGAGAAGAAUGGAUGCCAGAGGAUGCCUUAGAAGGCUUCUGUCUUGACUGGAUGGCUGUGCCUGUGAGUAGGAAAUCUCUCAAGGCAGGUAUCCCUGAAGAACAGGAUCAGUGGACACUGAAGGAGAGAUUUAGUAGAGGCAGUGAUUGGAAGUGUGCUGUCCUGCUGGAAUGCCAGUGUGGGGACCAGGACACGAGUUUACAGCAAGUGGCUCCUAUUCUCCACAGCACCCCAUCUGGGGUGAGUGGACAGAAAUGUGGGGCAUCUGGGAAGGGCUACCCCUUGAGCUCCUCUCUCAUCCAAAGGCAGGGGUUUCAGCCUCAUGAAAAAGCCUUUGAGUGUAGUGAGUGUGGAAAAGUCUUUUCUAAGAGUUCGACUCUUGACAAACAUCAGAAAAUUCAUACUGAACAAAACGCAAGUCAGAAAACUCAUAUUAAAGAAAAACGAUAUGAAUGUCGAGAAUGUGGGAAAGCCUUUCACCAGAGUACACACCUCAUUCAUCACCAAAGAAUUCAUACUGGUGAGAAGCCCUAUGAAUGUAAGGAAUGUGGGAAGGCCUUUUCGGUGAGCUCCUCACUCACUUACCACCAGAAGAUUCAUACUGGAGAGAAACCUUUCGAGUGCAACUUAUGUGGAAAAGCUUUUAUCCGAAACAUACACCUUGCACAUCAUCAUAGAAUACAUACUGGAGAAAAACCUUUCAAAUGUAACAUAUGUGAAAAAGCCUUCGUGUGCAGGGCACAUCUUACCAAACAUCAGAAUAUUCAUAGUGGAGAGAAACCCUAUAAAUGUAAUGAAUGUGGGAAAGCCUUUAAUCAGAGUACCAGUUUUCUGCAGCAUCAGAGAAUUCACACUGGAGAGAAACCCUUUGAAUGUAAUGAAUGUGGAAAAGCCUUCAGGGUGAACUCUUCCCUUACCGAACAUCAGAGAAUUCAUACUGGAGAGAAACCUUACAAAUGUAAUGAGUGUGGGAAAGCCUUUAGGGAUAAUUCAUCCUUUGCACGACAUCGGAAAAUUCACACUGGAGAGAAACCUUACAGAUGUGGGUUGUGUGAGAAAGCCUUCAGGGACCAAUCAGCCCUUGCCCAGCAUCAGAGAAUUCAUACCGGGGAAAAACCUUAUAUAUGUAACAUAUGUGAAAAAGCCUUCAGCGACCAUUCAGCCCUUACCCAACAUAAGAGAAUUCAUACUAGAGAAAAACCUUACAAUUGUAAGAUCUGUGGGAAAGCCUUUAUCCGAAGCACACACCUUACUCAACACCAGAGGAUUCACACAGGAGAGAAACCCUAUAAAUGUAAUAAAUGUGGGAAGGCUUUUAACCAGACUGCAAACCUCAUUCAGCAUCAGAGACAUCAUAUUGGAGAGAAGUGAUACACAGUUUGGCAGAGCUUCAAGACUGAACAUAAGAGAAUCCACAUUAGAGAAUGACUAUGAAAGCUUACACCA